AUGGACAAGACCCGCAGAGCCGUCACUAUCCUCGGCGGCGGGACACAGGGGACAAGGCUGGCGUUUAUGUGGACGAAAAAGGGACGACCGGUCUAUCUCGUCGACCAGAACGAGCAACAGCUCGUGAGAGCCAGGAAGGGCGUCGACGACUUGAGAUCUCAGCUGCAAAGCCUCUGGGCUACCUCGACACCUUGGGGCGAAGUCAUUGCCACGCCGCCCAAGGACCUGGAACAAGCAGCGUCAAAGUCAUGGCUGGUCCUCGAGUGCGUACCCGAAUCGCUCAAGCUCAAACGUAGCGUGGUCCAGGAAUUGGACCAGCUCGCAAGCCCGGAGACCAUCGUCGCGUCCAAUUCUAGCAGCUACACCAUCGAAGAGAUUCUAGAGGAUCUGAAGCUGAAGCACGACGACCGCUUUGCAAGUUUACAUUCGUACUGGCCGCCAGAAACAUCAGCAAUCGAGGUUAUGGGGUCGAGUAAAACCAGACCCGAGAUCAUCACCCGCCUGAUGGAAGAAACAAAGAGGCACGGAUUCUCACCGUUCCACGUCCGGAAGACGUCUACAGGGUACAUCUACAACCGAAUAUGGGCCGCAAUCAAGAGAGAAGCGCUCUUGACUCUAUCAGAGGGCGUCGCAACCCCGGAGGAGAUCGACGCCAUCUUCAAAGACGUCUUGAAGACGCCCAAAGGACCGUGUGAACAGAUGGACGUGGUGGGGUUGGACGUCGUUCGCGAUAUCGAGCAGCACUAUGCGGACGUGAGACCGGGCAUCCCAGAACAGCCCCGAACGUAUCUCCAACAAAUGAUAGACCAAGGAAAGCUCGGUGUGAAGUCGGGCGCGGGGUUUUACCAGUAUGAUGAGAAAUGA